AUUAGCACUUCAAAGGAACUUGGAAUGGAUAAAUCACUCCAACAGUACCUAACUAUCCAAGGCUGCAGUUGGGAGUUUAAUCCACCACAUGCAUCCCACAUGGGAGGCUCUUGGGAGCGCAUGAUCGGAGUCGCCCGCAGAAUCCUGGACUCCAUGCUACUACAAAAUAAGGUUCAACUGACUCACGACGUGUUAUGCACACUCAUGGCUGAGGUUACAGCCAUAAUAAAUGCAAGGCCGCUCGUCCCAGUGUCCUCUGAUCCAGAGAACCCUUUCGUCCUAUCCCCUUCAAUGCUCCUUACGCAGAAAUCUUGCCUCCUAUCCCCACCUGGAGACUUUUCGGAUAAAGACCUCUACAACAAACAAUGGAGACGGGUCCAAGCCCUUUCCAACCAGUUCUGGACACGCUGGAGGCGAGAGUAUCUACCCACAUUGCAGCAAAGGCAGAAAUGGACCGGGUCGCGCAGAAACCUCCAAGUUGGUGACCUGGUUCUGCUCAAGGACAAGCAGGUUGCACGAAACAGCUGGCCCAUGGCCAGGGUCACUGCCACAUUCCCAAGCAAGGACGAUCGAGUAAGGAAAAUUGAGGUAAAGACAUGCAAUCAAGGGUGCAUAAAGACAUUUAUGCGACCAGUUACAGAAGUUAUCCUCCUCAUGCCAAAGGACUGAAUGCAUAAUGUUUGUUUAGCAUAGUGGCCUCCCGAGGCCAGGCGGGGAGUGUGUUGCCCUUAAGGCAUUUCUCUGAAUAAAUAGGUUCAUAAGUUUGAAAUAAAUAAUUAUAAAAAGAUUUGCCAUUAAAAAAUUAA